AGGGGUGGUACGGGUCAGUCACACAGGAGGCAACCGAGCCGGCAACAUGAAGCUGGGGCUGUCGGUGGUGCUGCCGCUGCUGCUGGGGGCGUUGUUGUGGGGCCCGGGCCCGGGCCCGGGGGUGAGGGCUGACUGCGGCCCCUGCCAGCCCAGCUCCUGCCCGCCUGCCCAGUGCAAAGUGCCCGAGCUGCGGGGCAAGGACGAGUGCGGCUGCUGCGAGCGCUGCCUCGGGGUCCAGGGCGAGCUGUGCGGGGGAGAGGGGCUCAAGCACGGCCGCUGCGCCCCGGGUUACGUGUGCCUGACCUCGGCGGGGGGAGAGCGGCAGCAGCAGCAGCAGCAGCAGGAGCAGAAGGAGGAGGAGGAGGAGGAGGGCACCGGCUCCUGUGUCUGUAAGCACGACUACCCGGUGUGCGGCUCGGAUAGCAGCACCUACCCCACCAUCUGUGCCCUCCACCUGGCCAGUUGGCUGUCCGUGCACCGGCUCCAGGGCAAGAUCCACAAGACCCAUGAUGGCGAGUGCAAGUACGCUCCUGUAGUCAUACUCUCUCCAACAUCAGUCCAGAAUGUGACUGGUGCUCAAGUCUAUCUGGCCUGUGAAGUGAAAGCUGUUCCAACUCCCAUUGUCACUUGGAGGAAGGUCACUGAGUCCCCCAAAGGAAUAAAGCUUUUGGAGGAGCUGCCUGGGGACCGAGUGAAUGUUGCAGUUCAGGUUCGUGGUGGACCAUCCAAACAUGAAAGCACAGGAUGGGUUUUGAUUAAUCCACUGACAAAGGAAGAUGAAGGUGUCUAUCAGUGUCACGCCAGCAAUAUCCUUGGAGAGGUUCAGACGGAAGGUACAAUCAAAGUCACUGAAAAGGUCCCUAAAGCUAAAGGGAAGAAGAAAGAUGGUCUUCAAAAGGAAGAAAACUAAACCCUGACUGACUCCAAAUGCUGUCACCAUCAACUUCACACUGAUAAACCCUUACACUGUUUUAUUAGGGUUAGGUAAAGGUACUGCAUAACUAACUGAAUUGCAAAUGAUGUAUUUUGUACCAUUUUCUUCAACUUUUGUAAAUUUUUUAAGGUACGGUAUAAAAUUGUCAUGUGCAGAAUUUCCAGGGUUUGUUCAUUAAAAUGUCUUAGAUUUGUGGGGGCAGAGGGUGAGUCUGUGAGUGUUUAAAUCUCACAGCAGCUACAUGAAACAUGGAAACAGGGUGUAAUAAGGUAGCACCAUAACAAGGAUAAUUAGCUAUGGUAAAUUAUUUCAUGCUACAUAAACUAAUUUUAAUAUUUCAGCAUCCCGGGUACAAUAUUUAACUCUUUAACUACACAAUAGGCUUGUUGCCUUCAGUGCUGCCAAUAGUCUUUAUAUAGAUUUCUUUGAAAACUGUACUUUUAUAUUUUUACUGAAUGUUACCUUCAAUUUUACUGAACUAACAAGGUGGAACUUUUGCAACUACUGAGUUCCCAUCUAUAAUUUUAAUGAAAAUUACUACUUGUAAGUUAGUGGGUACCACAUUGCUCUGUUACUGGCAGUAACCAGCUGUAACUUAUCCAGCAUGGAAGCUUUCAACAAGAACUCCUGAAGCUAUGUGAAAUAUAACUGCUAUGUGCAUACCAAUUCAGCCAUCUUUGUUCUGUAUUCAUUAUGAAAUGUUUUAAUAAAUAUCUUUAUUCCUCUUCA